GUUAUAGGUCACUGGGCGGGUUGGAGGUGGAGCCUGUGGCGCUGCCGGGGGCGGAGCGGCGCCGGCCACAGCAUUCCAGGCGGAGAUGGCGGCGGCAAUGGCGACGGCGGCAGCCGCGGCCUCGGCGCCGACUGCGGAAGGCGCUUCCUCUGUGCACUGGUUCCGCAAGGGACUGCGACUCCACGACAACCCGGCACUACUGGAGGCCGUUCGCGGGGCCCGCUGCGUCCGCUGCGUUUACAUUCUCGAUCCUUGGUUCGCGGCCUCCUCCUCAGUAGGAAUCAACCGAUGGAGGUUUCUCCUUCAGUCUCUGGAAGACUUGGACACAAGUUUAAGGACGCUGAACUCUCGCCUGUUUGUAGUCCGGGGCCAGCCAGCUGACGUGUUCCCAAGGCUAUUCAAGGAAUGGGGGGUGACCCGCCUGACCUUUGAAUAUGACUCCGAACCCUUUGGGAAGGAGCGAGAUGCAGCCAUCGUGAAGAUGGCCAAGGAGGCUGGAGUAGAGGUGGUGACCGAGAACUCUCACACCCUCUAUGACCUGGACAGGAUCAUUGAGCUGAAUGGACAGAAGCCGCCCCUUACCUACAAGCGCUUCCAGGCCAUCAUCAGCCGCAUGGAGCUGCCCAAGAAGCCAGUGGGCUCGGUGACCAGCCAGCAGAUGGAGAGCUGCAGGGCUGAGAUCCAGGAGAACCACGAUGAAACCUACGGUGUGCCCUCGCUGGAGGAGCUGGGGUUCCCCACCGAAGGACUUGGCCCAGCUGUCUGGCAAGGAGGAGAGACAGAAGCUCUGGCCCGCCUGGAUAAGCACUUGGAACGGAAGGCCUGGGUCGCCAACUAUGAGAGACCCCGAAUGAAUGCCAAUUCCCUGCUGGCCAGCCCCACGGGCCUCAGCCCCUACCUGCGCUUCGGCUGCCUCUCCUGCCGCCUCUUCUACUACCGCCUGUGGGACCUGUAUAAAAAGGUAAAACGGAACAGCAUACCCCCCCUCUCCCUGUUUGGGCAACUCCUGUGGCGAGAGUUCUUCUACACGGCAGCCACCAACAACCCCAGGUUUGACCGCAUGGAGGGGAACCCCAUCUGCAUCCAGAUCCCCUGGGACCGCAACCCCGAGGCCCUGGCCAAGUGGGCCGAGGGCAAGACGGGCUUCCCUUGGAUUGACGCCAUCAUGACCCAGCUGAGGCAGGAGGGCUGGAUCCACCAUCUGGCCCGGCACGCCGUGGCCUGCUUCCUCACCCGUGGGGACCUCUGGGUCAGCUGGGAGAGCGGGGUCCGGGUAUUUGAUGAGCUGCUCUUGGAUGCAGACUUCAGCGUGAAUGCAGGCAGCUGGAUGUGGCUGUCCUGUAGUGCUUUCUUCCAGCAAUUCUUCCACUGCUACUGUCCUGUGGGCUUCGGCCGCCGCACGGACCCCAGUGGAGACUACAUCAGGCGAUACCUGCCCAAACUAAAAGGGUUCCCUUCUCGCUACAUCUAUGAACCCUGGAAUGCCCCUGAGUCCGUUCAGAAGGCAGCCAAGUGCAUCAUUGGUGUGGACUACCCACGGCCCAUUGUCAACCACGCAGAGACCAGCCGGCUCAACAUUGAGCGAAUGAAGCAGAUCUACCAGCAGCUCUCCCGCUACCGGGGCCUCUGUCUCCUGGCAUCUGUCCCUUCCUGUGUGGAAGACCUCAGCAACCCUGUGGCUGAGCCCAGCUCGAGCCAGGCUGGAAACCUGAGCAGUGCAGGCCCAAGACUACUACCUGGUGGCCCAGCAUCCCCCAAACGCAAGCUGGAAGCAGCUGAGGAGCCACCUGGUGAAGAACUCAGCAAACGGGCCAGGGUGGCCAAAUUGCCCAGCCCAGAGCUGCCCAGCAAGGAUGUCUGAGA